CAAGAAAUUCUCAAGGUUUCGAACGAUCAGUCUAAAUUGGCGUUCGACCACCCGUGUACGGGAUGUGGCUAUCACACCUUUCCACAGACAGGGGUUGCUCUCCCAACAGAAUCCCCUCGAUGCUUGCGGGCUCAAUGAUCGAACGGCCGGUGCUGUAUCCUCCUUUCUGGCCCCGACACACGGGAAGGCCGUUUAUUUUCGGUAUUUUGCGGCGCUGGGUGCACGGCGACGAUUUUAUGAGGCGCCCAGCGAUUUUCCUCAGUGCUGUCGACCAAAGUGACAAGUUAGUCAAACGGAUAUACGGGCAUCGUGGACUUGGAUUUAUAGCCCCUUGGAUAUGGCGCCGCUGGAUGAGGACGAAGACAUAAAGCCAAAUCUCUCCAAGGCAUCGUUUCAGGUCAUUCGUAUAUACUUCGACCCGCCUGAGCCUCGGAAUCAUCCUCGGACUCACUUUCCUUGGAUACAGAAAUGCCAGUCUCAGGCGGAAUCAGGAUCAGCCUUCCCAUUGCUCAGUGUCUUCGGCUGCGGUGCCUAUCCUGCCGUCUUGAGAUGCAAUCUUCGCGGCUGGCAUCUAUUUGCACCUAAUGUACAUCCUGAAUCUUGGCUGAAGCUCCCGCUGGCACAAAGUGUUCACAGCGAAACGAUUUCUCAAGGGUUAGAACCACCAUCCGCGAGUGGUGUCAUCAUCCUCAGAUUGGCAGAGGUUGGACCAUUGGUGAUCUCGUGGGGCCAAUUGGAAUGGUUUGCAGUACUCACCUGGAAGGAAAUUGCUGAGAAGUCCGGGCUUGUCCUAUCCCCAGCCCGAAUUCGGACUUUGAUGAACUUGCAAGGUUGGUCUUUGCAAAGCAGGAGAUCUGGGUUCCAUUGGUAAAUCCAUCUCUUUAGCCCAUUGUAGAGCUUCAUCUCCCCUUCUUUACCACUGAAUGCAAGGUAAAUGUAUGGAUUUCUUUAGGAGGAGAGUGCUAUAUGUGGCCAUGGAUAGCAUCGUGAAAGCACAGCGAAAAUGGGUGCCGACGAAACAAGGUAUGGAGGCGGGUAAUUAGUAAUGUCGGAGUU